AUGUCGGCCAAAGAUCCUGUUGUAAUAAAGUCAAAAGGCAAAAAGACAAAUAAAAGUAAAACCACGAUAAACGCGAAAAUCCCCCAAAAUGUUGAAACUCGCAAGCCCGAGGCCUCGACAUCGUCAUCGAAUCCAACAUCGAAUCGAGAUACGAGAAUCGAAAACGCGAUAAUUGCUUAUGUGCACAAGUUGUCGCCAAUACAAAGAAACAGGAAGAAUACUGUGGAUUAUUCCACCCUAGUCUUACAGACGGAAGGCAAAAAUAUCGACGCUCUGCUGUACUCAAAGAACAAAAGGCAGUUGCUCAUGGAUAGCGAACAGUCUCAUACACCAUUAAAGAUUCAAAAGUUCACGAAGUCGGCACUGGGAGAAAAAAUAAUCAUUAACGACAUGACAAAGCUUUCUACGCCUGACCAGACAGAGUAUAGAUUCCAGUUUGAAAAGAUUGCAAAUCCAGGAGAUCAGAUCAUCCCAAUUGAAGAAAUUUUAAAUAACCGCGAACCGUCGGACAGUGUAGCUUUGCGAGCCAAGGCAAUUUACGUUGCCGAAACCACGGUCGUCGGAGCAAAAAAUUUAAAGUUGGCUCAAGCAAUUUUCGCAGACAGCUCGGGUAAAAUUCGGGUCAAUCUGUGGGAGAACCAAAUUCCUCUGAUACAAGCUGGGCAAAUGUUCACUAUAACGGAAUUGCAAGUUCGUGAGUGGUCGGGCGAAAAAAAAGUGAGUACGACUGUAAAAAGUGUUAUUAAGUCAAUAACUGACGAGGCUCUUGAGAAGAUCACCGUAUCAGAGGCAGAGAUUGAGACCAUUGCCGAAAAGGUUAUUAACGUUCCAUUCAUUGAUAUGGUCAAAUCAGUAAAUAUGUCCAUCCUUUGCUCAAAUUGCUCAAAGAAGAUCCUGCAGGCUACAGCGAAUAAUAUUGUGCGCUGCGACAGAUGUGGUUGCAGAAUGAGGCUUGUAAGUUGCAAAAAGCAAUUGUCUGUUCAAGUUCUUGUGAAACCUAUUGAUGGUGGCGCAAUCGAACUGUUAAUUUUCCAGGAUUCUUUAAAGAACAUUAUAAACUCUCUGGAUACAUUAAACGAGGACCAAGUGGCAGAAAGUUUGUUAGCGUUAGAUAACCUUCAAAUCAAAUACGACCCAACAAAAUGA